AUGUUUCUUGAGAUUAUUAUCUUCUGUUUGACAGCUGUCGCGUUGUACGCUGUGUACUUUGUGAAGUCCUUCAACACCACACGUCCAACAGAUCCACCGGUGUACCCUGUGACGGUGCCUUUUCUUGGCCACAUUGUCUCAUUUGGAAAAGACCCGCUUGGUUUCAUGCAGCGCUGCAAACGAGAGGUGAAGUCUGGUAUUUUCACAAUGAACAUUGUUGGAAAGCGUGUGACCAUUGUUGGUGACCCGCGUGAACACAGUCGUUUUUUCCUUCCUCGUAAUGAAGUACUUUCACCGCGGGAGGUAUACAGUUUCAUGGUGCCUGUAUUCGGUGAGGGCGUUGCCUACGCCGCGCCGUAUCCGCGGAUGCGUGAACAACUGAACUUCCUCGCAGAGGAGUUGACGAUUGCGAAGUUUCAGAAUUUUGUGCCUGCGAUUCAGCACGAGGUGCGUAAGUUCAUGGCGGAAAACUGGAAUAAGGACGAGGGUGAGAUUAACAUUCUCGAGGACUGCAGUGCGAUGAUUAUCAACACUGCAUGUCAGUGUCUCUUUGGUGAGGAUCUUCGCAAGCGACUCGAUGCCCGGCAGUUCGCGCAGCUGCUGGCGAAGAUGGAAAGCAGUCUCAUCCCGGCAGCGGUGUUUGUGCCGUGGCUGCUGCGCCUUCCACUACCGCAAUCCGCACGUUGUCGCGAGGCACGUGCACAGCUGCAAGAAAUCUUAAGUGAAAUCAUCGUUGCCCGCGAGAAGGAGGAGGCACAGAAGGACAGCAAUACUUCAGAUCUUCUCGCAGGAUUGCUUAACGCAGUCUACCGCGAUGGAACCCCCAUGUCGCUACAUGAAGUCUGUGGUAUGAUUGUUGCCGCCAUGUUUGCCGGUCAACAUACCUCAACGAUCACCACUACGUGGUCCAUGUUGCAUCUUAUGCACCCUAAAAACAAAAAGUACUUGGAUAAAUUGCACAAGGAGAUUGAUGAGUUUCCUCCACAGUUAAACUAUAAUAAUGUUAUGGAUGAAAUGCCAUUUGCAGAGCGUUGCGCUCGUGAAUCCAUUCGCCGUGAUCCCCCACUUGUAAUGCUUAUGCGAAAGGUGAUGGUGGAUGUGAAAGUUGGUCCAUAUGUUGUUCCCAAGGGUGACAUUAUCGCAUGCUCACCACUGCUCUCACACCACGACGAGGAUGCUUUUCCCAAUCCUCGCACAUGGGAUCCAGAACGUGUUGAGAAAAUUGAGGGAGCUUUCAUUGGAUUCGGUGCGGGAGUACACAAAUGUAUUGGUCAGAAAUUUGGCCUUUUACAAGUUAAGACAAUCCUUGCUACUGCAUUCCGUGAAUACGACUUUGAGUUACUUCAGAGCGAAGUACCGGAUCCAGACUACCAUACAAUGGUUGUCGGUCCCACACUCAGUCAAUGUCGGGUGAAGUACUUUCGCAAAAAGAAGUUAACGGAGUGA